AGACCCUUUUUGUUAUUAAACUUUGACCUCUGCUUUCCAGUGUCCUACCGUUUCUGUUGAAUCCAUCUUCUUCCCAAAUCAAUUAUCCCUCAAAUAAACCCUAAUUUUCAGAGCCACUGUUUGACUCAAAACCAAAGACGAAAAUGGAGAUUAUCGAGUCUCUAGAAGAGAUUCCAGUACAAAACCCACAAGCAGAAGACUUUUCAUAUUCUGAUUUGUCCUGGACCAAGUUCGGCACAACGGAGCAUCACGACGAGGUAGCACUCAUCCCUUACGCGAGGGUCGAAGAGUUCAUCAUCGGAGAAUGCUCAAACCCAGAGUGCCCAACUCGAUUCCACAUCGAAAGAGGAAGGAAACGCUCUCGAGGCAGCCUCAGGGAGUACAAGCCCGAUGAGUAUCUCGAAUACAGACUGUAUUGGUGCUCUUUUGGUCCUGAGAACUACGGAGAAGGAGGCGGCGUGUUGCCCAGUAGAAAGUACCGUCUCAACACUAGGAACCGAGCCGCGAGACCUCAGUCCAUGAGAGGAUGCACGUGUCAUUUCGUGGUGAAGCGUCUCUACGCUCGUCCUUCCCUUGCGCUUCUCGUUUACAACGAGAGACGGCAUGUGAACAAGGCUGGCUUUGUCUGUCAUGGACCUCUUGAUAGAGACGCCAUUGGCCCUGGUGCUAAGAAGAUUCCUUACAUAUGCAACGAGAUUCAGCAGCAGACUAUGUCGAUGAUCUAUCUUGGGAUCCCUGAAGAGAAUGUUUUGGAGAAACAUAUCGAAGGGAUUCAGAGGUAUUGUGGCUCUGAUGCGACGGUUGAUACUCUUGCCUCUCAGUAUGUUCAUAAGCUUGGGAUGAUUAUCAAACGGUCUACUCAUGAGCUGGACUUGGAUGAUCAAGCUAGUAUCAAGAUUUGGGCUGAGAGGAACAAGAAAUCAAUCUUCUCUUAUCAGGAGUCUUCCGAGACUGACCAGUUCAUGCUUGGGAUUCAAACUGAGUGGCAGUUGCAGCAGUUCGUGCGCUUUGGUCAUUGUAGUCUCGUUGCUGCUGAUUCGACUUUCGGGAUCAAGAGACUUAAGUAUCCUCUAUGCACGCUUCUUGUAUUUGAUUCAAGACAUCAUGCUCUACCCGUUGCUUGGAUUAUCUCUCGUAGCAAUUUGAAAUCUGAUGUCGAGAAAUGGAUGAAAAUACUGCUCCAACGCGCACAGGGUGUUGAGCCUGGCUUUAGGAUCAAUGGCUUCAUCAUUGACGAUGCUGCAAUGGAGAUUGAUCCCAUAAGGGACACGUUUCGUUGCCCCGUCCUUUUCUCUCUCUGGCGUAUUCGUAGAUCAUGGCUUCGGAAUGUAGUGAAGAAGUGCGAUACCAUUGAGGUCCAAAGAGAGUUAUUCAAAUGUUUAGGAGAAGUCGUGUACAGCAUUUGGGAUGGAGUAGAUACAUCAAAGGUUCUAGAAAGGUUAACUCUGGAUUUUUCUGAUCAAACCGCCUUCAUGCACUAUUUCACAUCCACUUGGUUGCCUAAAAUAGGAAUGUGGCUCUCAUCUAUAAAAAUUCUCCCACUUGCAAGCCAAGAAGCAUGUGGUGCUAUAGAAGCUUACCAUGUAAAACUCAAAGUGAAGCUGUUUGACGAUACACAUCUCAAUGCUCUUCAGAGAGUAGAUUGGCUGGUACACAAGCUGACAACAGAACUCCACUCGAGUUAUUGGCUUGAUCGGUAUGCUGAUGAAAGCGAUUCUUUUCAAAAUGUCAAAGAAGAAUACAUAGCUUCUACUUCAUGGCACAGAGCGUCGGAGAUUCCAGACUCUGCUGUUAUACUAGACAGUAAUAACACCGUUGUUGCAAAGGUUCGGUCUCAGAGGGAUACCAACGUAGCACGAGUUGUGUGGAACCCAGGUUCGGAGUUUGCCUUCUGCGAUUGUGCUUGGUCUUUGCAAGGGAACCUAUGCAAACACAUCAUAAAGGUAAACACAAUGUGCGAAAACCGUGAAGGAUAUGGUGACUCAAUGUCAUUGCGUUCCUUCAAAGAGAAACUGACAAGCAUAAAGAUGAAACCAAUGGAUGACUCUAUAGCCUUGGACCUUUCCAUGGCACUGACGCUGCAGAUGUUUGAUCAGAUAAAGCAGUUGGUGAAGUUAAGCGGAACAGAUGAUAUCAGCAACAUAGUCAAUGAUUUGCCGGUGAAAUGGGGCUGUAGGAAAGGCAGAACAACUGUAGGCAUUCCUGCUUCUAUUGCUGCCUUUACAAAGAAGAGGAGUCAGAGACGGAAGCGAUAGAGAUGAGAAGAUAAAUGGUUGCGUAGAUCACUUGUAUUUGUUCAUUUAGAAACCAGCAUGGUUUACAGGGUUAAGAAAAUUUGUGGAAGGUUAGUAAUAGUUGAUAAGUUCUCUUCAGCGCUUUUUUAUUGUUGCUAAAAAUUUUACAAGUAGGCACAAUUUUAUUUUGGGAAAAUUGAUUUUAUAGGACAAAAAUUCACCAUCUU